UUAGACAACACGAUUAUAGCUACGGCCAUUCCCAAAAUCACCUCGGCCUUCGACUCACUGCAAGAUGUGGGCUGGUAUGGUAAGAAGAUUAUUUUAGUGUUCAUCUUAUCUUCUUACGGCCAUAGCACCCCAGCCUUUAUUUGGACGAAUUUAUACAUAUUGGCUCUAGUUAUCUUCGAGCUCGGAUCCAUUAUGUGUGCUACUGCUCGGAACUCUAUAGUGCUUAUCAUUGGACGCGCUAUAGCAGGUGCCGGAGCAAGUGCCCUCUUCUCUGGUGCAAUAACUAUUGUGGGCUUUACUACCCCG